CCUGUGGCUGAUGUUUUGCAGGUUUAUGUCACCAUGCAGCACUAUGGAGUGAACGGCUACUCCCUGCACGCCAUGAACUCGCUGAGCGCCAUGUACAACCUCCACCAGCAGGCAGCUCAGCAGGCCCAGCACGCCCCCGACUACCGGCCCUCCGUGCACGCCCUCACCCUGGCUGAGAGACUGGCCGGCUGUACAUUUCAAGACAUCAUUUUGGAGGCACGUUAUGGGUCCCAGCACCGCAAACAAAGGCGAAGUCGCACGGCCUUCACUGCCCAGCAGCUGGAGGCCCUGGAGAAGACCUUCCAGAAGACUCACUACCCAGAUGUGGUGAUGAGAGAGCGGCUGGCCAUGUGCACAAACCUGCCAGAAGCCAGAGUCCAGGUCUGGUUCAAGAACCGGAGAGCCAAAUUCCGUAAGAAGCAGCGUAGUCUGCAGAAAGAGCAGCUGCAGAAGCAGAAGGACUGUGAGGGGAGCCACAGUGAGGGAAAGAUGGAGCCACCUGUGCUGGAGACCCAGGCUCCCACCCCGGACACUGAGAAGGUCCAGAGCCUCCCCAGCGAGGUUGGCACAGACCUCAACCUGACCCUGUCGGAGCAGUCUGCCAGCGAGUCGGCACCCGAGGACCAGACUGACAGAGAGGAGGAGUUCAAGAGCACCUUGGAUGAGGCCAAAGUGGACAAAAGCCCCGGUGUGGACAGCAAGACUUUGAACUGCAAGAGAGCGAGCCCAAAAGCAGAGUCCCCCAUCAGCGCGACCGUGACGCCUUCAUCCAGCAGCGGCCUGGCUCAGACUCACUCCUACUCCUCCUCGCCCCUGAGCCUCUUCCGCCUGCAGGAGCAGUUCCGCCAGCACAUGGCAGCCACCAACAACUUGGUCCAUUACUCCUCCUUUGAAAUGGGGACACCGUCUGCCAUGCCCUACUUGGGCAUGAACGUCAACAUGGCCCCGCUAAGCUCCCUGCACUGUCAGUCCUAUUACCAGUCGCUGUCCCACGCUCAGCAGGUCUGGUCCUCCCCCAUCCUGCAGGCCUCCAGCUCCCUGCCAAGCCUGAACAGUAAAACCACGAGCAUUGAGAACCUGAGGCUCCGGGCAAAGCAGCACGCGGCGUCGCUGGGGCUGGACACCCUCCCCAACUGACUGCCCACGGGAGGAAGCACCAGAGGUUGGCACUCCUUGAGACCCCACGCACCCCCACCUCUUCCUGGAGCCAGGUGCUCCCUUGCAGGGAAAACUUUGCGUUUAUUAACGUCUUCUUAGCACCACGGUUGCGUCAGACAUUGCUACUGGCCUGGUCUUCACUAAAAUAUUUAAUGAGGAAGGGGGAGAGGAUCUGUGUUUAGACAGAUGAACUGUCCUCUGGACUGCCAUGAGUUCAGCCUGUAACGUUCAGGAGGAGCCCCUUGUCCUCAUCCCCUCGAUAAGGUGCCAACUCUGUUAUAUUCACCUUUUAUUUUGUUGUUGCUGUUGCAUUCUUUGGGGGAAGAAAGAGUCCUUCUUUGUCUUGUAUAUAGUUUAUA